AUGACGUUUGUUGCUGCCGGAAGGAAUUCCAUUUCCAAGAUUGGGCGGAUUGCCGCCCGAAAUUCAUGGUUUGAAGCAGCUCGCAAGGUCACAACAAAGACGGACCGCGCCAAAACAAAGUCUAAGAUGACUUGGUCGAGAGGCUAUCUGGGAGUAGGAUCUGAUACGAAAGCCCCCGAUGCCACAUUCGUGGCAGUUGCGAGCGUAGUUCUCGGCGCCGGUUUUUAUGCAUGGUUUAUCGAUCCUCCGAAAGAGAGAUGA